GCCAGAGUCGCCGCGGGCUGCGACGCCACACGCCGCACACGCGACCGGACCACGCUGUUGGUCUCUGCCACUGACUCGGUAGGCCUCACCAGCGACGAGCUGACAGAGGGAAGGGAAGCGAGCAGAGAGGAUGGCGGACACGGACAACGCGUACGACCAAGAGUUCCGCCGCCUGCGUAGGCUCACCAGCCGCUACGAAGUCCGGCAAAUAUCCUCUGAAUAUGGAUUAACAGAAGACCAAGUAGCAGAGUUUAAAGAGGCAUUCAUGCUGUUUGACAAGGAUGAAGAUGGCACCAUAACUAUGGCAGAACUGGGGGUUGUCAUGAGAUCACUAGGGCAAAGACCAACAGAGACAGAACUGCGUGAUAUGGUGAAUGAAGUGGACCAGGAUGGAAAUGGAACCAUUGAGUUUAAUGAAUUCCUGCAGAUGAUGUCAAAAAAGAUGAAGGGUGCAGAGGGCGAAGAUGAGCUCCGUGAAGCAUUCAAAGUGUUUGAUAAAAACAAUGAUGGUCUGAUCUCGAAUUCAGAGCUACGGCAUGUAAUGACAAACCUUGGAGAGAAGCUAUCUGAUGAAGAAGUUGAUGAUAUGAUUCGAGAGGCUGAUCUUGAUGGGGAUGGCAUGGUCAACUACGAAGAAUUUGUAACUAUCCUGACAUCAAAGAAUUAGUCCAACUGCUCAGAAAGAUGUCAUGGAACUUGGGCAGAAAGAACAGCAAGGCUCUCAGGAGGCACUGGAGUUUGUCCUGAAGUCACAUAUAUCUACCAGAAUUAUUAAGGAAUUAUGAUGCUAUGUUGUGUUUUAGUUGGGUAAUUCCCUUUUCUUAUGGAUAAGGGACUUACAUUUUCAAGAGCUUCUGUGGUGGUUAUUGUACAACACCUUGUAUCAAUUUAAUAUGAAUUGAAAAUGAAAUAAGUUUUUAACAAUACAUGAAAGUGUUUAUUAUGCUGCUAUAUUUUUUCUUACUGUGAGUGAUAACACACACAGAGCAAAGAAUAAGUUAUUAAACUACUAUGAUUUUAGAUUUUAUAACAAAAAAUAAUAGGCCAAACAAAGUUGUUUAACAGUGUUUUGUACAGUUAGUGCUGCAAAAUUUCAGGCAAUUUGACCAGGAUCAUUAUUAUUUUUAAUACAUGUAACUUAAGCUGCAAAAUAUACAUAAAAAUAAGAUACCAUUUUUAAAUAUGGUAACUGUAUGUUAAACACUGAGAAACAUGGAAAGUGCUGGUCACUACAAUACUGUGCUUGUGUUGGAGCCAGUGACAAUGUCACUCACCAUCUGUAAGUAAUGGGAAAAUGUGGGGGCAACACAGUUAAAGGGAUGUGAACGCCUCUUCUGAUUCUGUAUGGAAACUAGAGAUCAACACAGAUCUCGAAUGAGACUGAGUUAUCGCUCUUCAUCUGAAUCUCCAAUAGCACAUUUUACCAUUUCUCAUAGUUGGCAUGUGCCAAAGUUUGUUUGUGUAUUGUUAUUCCCUGAAUGAUUUAUUUAAUUAAUUUAUUAAAUAUAUACCUCUUGAAAAUUUGAAACAAGAGCUCUGACAAAAAUAUGUUGUAAAUGUAUCAUUCUUAAGCAGUUAAAAGUAACUGAAUAGUUGUUGAUAGAUAGACAAUAACAUUGUUGAGGUUUUCUGUGGAUUUUGUUGAAAAUAUAAUGGAUGUACCAUUUUAUAGCUAUAUACAUAUGGCAUUUAGUUUCUAGUCUUUGGCUAUAUUUAUACAGUUGAAAACAGAGUUGAUUUACUUUAUAAUAUUGUACCCUGUUCCUUUAAGAUACAUGUCACUGUAUCCUGAGCAACUGCUGAUGUGGAUUACAUUCUAUAUUUUAAGACAUUCUUACAGUCAUUUCUUUGCUCAAGGUGUCAUUAAUAUUUUCAGAUAAAUUGUGCAUGGACAUUACGGGUUAAUUCAAAAUUUUAAUUCUUUAAAACCUUGUACAAUUAGCCAUUUAAUAUUUAUGUAUUAUACCAUCUUUAUGACAGUUUUUAACCUCUGAAACCAAAAGAUAAUAUAAAUUUGGAAAUUAUCAGCAGAUUUCUGCAAAUUCAUCUGAAAUCCAAUUUCAAGGGCUUUCUGAAAGGCAUUGUUAUGGAACACAGGGCAGGCAUUCCAGUAGUACACACACAGUUCUCGUACUUUGUUUAUGAUUAUUGUAUUAUAUAGCAUUUGAAAACCUUUCCUGAUGCUCACAAGCAGCAAUAAUUAAUUAUGAUUAGUUUUUAUGUGUUACAUAUAUCAGUUGUAAGUCACUCAUAAUUUACAUUCUUCUCAUUAUGAGUGGAAGAUCAUACUAUACUGGGUAUAACAUUUGAGCUUGGCAUUUCUAGAUGGUAAUUUAGAGGCAGAUCAAUAUGUUAGAGUGGCAACGGUUAGGGAGUAAUGUGUUCUUAAAUGUACAGUUAUAUUUACAGGAUGGAUCAGCAUGGUAACAUACACCCUUAGCACCCUUUGAAAGCUACCUGUAGAAAGAUGAUCUAAUUAAGAAAAUGUACCCAUCCAGCUUGUAUGCAACUUAAUACCCUAUCCCUCCAUAAUGCAAGAUAUUUAAGAUAUUUUUAAAUGUAUACUACAAAGUAGAAAAUGUGUGUAUGUUAAAUGUAAAUUGUGUAAAAAUAUUGUGAUGCACUUCACUUCAGUCUUCAAAUAGUGUCCAAUUUCAGUUGUUAUUCUGUUCAUUCAAAAUCAUUAUCCUUAAUCUGGUGGUCACAUGAUUAACGUCUCCUUAUGAUUUUGAUGUAGUUGUCUUAUAGAAACAAGAUUGGUGUCCCUUCAUAAGUUCUGUUUCUAGUUUGAAUUUAGCUGUGGAACCAAUGAAUCUGUUAUUUGUUAGUGUAAUUGUGUCAUAGUCAAGUGUAGAUUGAUGUGAUAUGUUAGGCAGAACAAUGUGUACUUUUAAACAACAUAUAUUAGUUUCAGCAUGGACAAGGAAAGCACACUAAUGAGGAGAGUUGAACAGUUACUUGAACAUUUCUGCCAUUUCCACUUCAAGAGGGGGCACCUGUUAAAAUGAUAAAGAAUUAUAACUUUUUGUACAUAGAAUUUCAUUUUAAAUGGGAUAAACACUUCCACGUUAGUGUUUCAUGACAAAAUCAAAUCCCUUUUCCUACGUUGAAAAAUUUUACUUUCUUCUUUGCAUUAUUUCUCUGUUUUGUUUUUAGUCCAGUUUCAAACUAAAACAAAUACAUGACAAAUACUUGCUGAACUGAUGAGCAGAACUCUAUUAAUUAGCUGGAAUUUAUAGAAAUAAUUCACAUUUCGAUUUAGCAUAAAUAACUAUAUUUUGGUUACAUUUUAUGAAGGUCAUACCAUAAAAUAUACAUCUGUGGGGGAAUAGUUUUAGAAUCCAGUACCACAUUAUAACAAAGGCAUUACUUGAUUAUUCAUAGACAUACAUAAGUUCAUCCACUAUUUUAUCCUAGUAGUCUUAAUUAAUAUAGAUUUAUUCUGUUCAGAAAUACUUCAGCUACAACAUACUCAGUUCUACAUCAAUGCAACUAUAGAGAACAAGCCAACAUCUAUUAAUUGGAUUAUAAGUAGAUCAAAUUUGCUAUCUACUGAUUUAUUUUCGGUACCUGUAUGAGAAUUUCAUUAAAUGAUAGAAAAUUGUAUCUAGCAGGAAGCAUACUGAACUGGCCAAAAUAUUUUCAGUGAAGGCCUCGUAAUGGAACACCAUCUAUCACUUUCACUUUCUUCCAAAUAUUCAAUCUUUUUAAGAAUAUGUUUGACAGUCAAAAGUGUUUUAUACUUUAUUGUUAGUUAGGAUGUGGAUACUAAAACCAAUUGCAUAUAGGGAACUGAACCAAAUUUCCAAAAAAUGAAAAUCUGAAAUUCUGUUUCACAUUGCUCCUUUUAACUAAUUCUCUGGAUUAGUCCACUUUUAGCUGAGUUGUAGAUAUCUAUUUUCAACAAAGUGUUGGUAAGUUUCACUUUCUGUGUGGAGCAGUUGUAAAACAGACUGAAUGUUACAGAUCAAAUGCAUGUUUGUAAUGCAUAUUUUAUUUCUAAAAUCAUUGUUACUAUGUUAAAUCAUUAUCAUUACAUAAUUGUGAGUACAUAUAUUUUGUUAACUGAUAUUUUAGUGUGAAAUCAUACAAGAUUAUAUUUUGCAUAUAUAAACUGCAUUAGUUCGGAAUAUUAAUGUGAUGAUAUAGAUAACAUACUUUUAUAGUAUCUUGGCACAAAGUCCAUAUUAGUGACCAGGCAGCCAACAUAAAAGUAUCCAUUCUCCCAAUUUACCAUGGCAACAGUAAGUGAAGAGGAUUUCAGCUUAAGAUAUCUGUAGCCUUCUUUCCAAUGUCACCGUCCAUGUUAUUUUCAGAUGUUUACUAUAUUUCUUUCUUGGAAUAUUCAGGUCAAGAAACAUAUGAUUUUACAAUGAUUCAUGGAAGAGAAUUUAUUAAAGAAGUGUGUUAUUCUGUAAAAUAAAUGUGUAACAAUUUGUGGAAUCCUUAUUCGUAAAAGAUGUACAACCAUUUUUUUAGGUUUUCAUUUGGGAUAAUAUGUAAAGAUAUGGAACUGUAUGUAAAAUUUUUGGGAUGUUUGAAAGUAAUUUUUAUAGAACAGUUCAUUGCAGUCAGCCAGGAAAUAUAGACAGGGAAUAUACAUAAAUAUACUAGAACAUGAUUUCAGUACUUGUAUACAAAUUGCAGUAAGCAUUAAGUUUGACUACAGAUCUCCUGCUGAAGGAAUAUUGUUAGUUUACACAGAUAAAAAAUGUUGGAAACUGUUUUUCAAUAAAUGUCCUGCCUGAAUUGCUAAAUAAGGCAGCAAAUAAAGCAAAGUAAGUGAAAGACAUAAAUAUUGUCUCUAUUUGUUUAGUUUUGCUAAGGGCACUGUCAUACUUAUUUUUUUGUUGGUGUAAUUCCUAGUAAUGACUUCCAAAAAUUAGUUUCUCCAUGGGUCUUUGUUUCUUGAUUGCAACAUGCUACCAAAUGUCAGUGUUAUUCACAUUUGGUAUUCCCUGUUAGAAAAGUAACAGACAUUUCCCACACUAGGAAAACUCUUGGAAAGAAACACUUGAACCAGGCCAUGGAAAAGAGCUGGUACUAUUGCAUUACUACCAUUGUACAGUUUUCAGUCAUUGUAAAUUUCAUACUGUUUCAUUAUUCAACUUUAGUGUGCAAAAGAAAAAAUACACAUGAAGUAAACUUAAUCAGUUUGAUUGUGUAUUUACACUGAGGGAAAGAGAUACCAGUACUUCAUAAGGCAACCCCAUACAGAACAUUACUUUGAAUGUGUAAUAUGCACUCAAAUUUUAGUAGCCAUAAUACAUUUUCAGUCUUCUGAAGCAAUAAUAAUAAAUACAAUUGUAAGACAUGUUACAGAUGAUUGCUAAUGUUUCAGAAAUAACACAAAAUCAGGGAUGCAGUUUAAAGUUGAAUACAUUAUAGUGCAUAUACUUAUAUGUAAAAGCAUAUCCUUUGAGCAAACACACAUGUGAAUUAUUUCCUUAACUUCUUUUUAAUUUAAUUUAAUGGUUCCAGAAAUAAGACAGACACAGCUCAGCUACCGGAUAUCACUGUAAACACUUUAAAAAAAGAGCUAAUCAAUAUGGAAGUAAACAAAAAGUUAUGUUUCAUUCUAGCUAAAUUUACAUUGUUCUAUUUAUGUAGCUACAAUGCCUGCUUAUAUUUCUGACACCAGAUGAAUGAGUGAGACAUAGUACCAGCUAAAGAUGAGCAUUAUAUUAAAAACAACACCAAAAACAGAACUAUAGCUUAUAAAAUAUUUUGCUGUGGAACAUGUAAUGUUAAUUAUGAGAAUUGGUACUACAAUGAGCUGGUAUUCUAUACACACUGAACCUUCAAUCUAUUAUGUAUUUGACAAGUCAGAUCUUUCUUUAUUAAUAGGUACUAAUAUCACCUGUCGAAAGUUAUGACCACCUAGUCAUCAACUCCUGAAACUUUGUGUGAAAACAAUGAAAUCAUUAAUAUAUUGUAGGACUGCUAAAUUAAAAGACAGUUCUGCUAUUGCCAGAUUUCACAUAAACUUUAUGUAGAUCUCAGUCAAGUUGUUGUAUUGCCUCAAAUAGUUAACAUGAAAAUUACUGAGGCAAUAUGUACAUUACGUUGUCUUACAACCAAUCAUGGAAAUAAUCUGGACAAUGACUCAGAUGCCCUUUAUUCCAAAAUAUUUACAUCUACAUGAGAGAUCUGGUGUGAAACUCUUGAAUAAUUCCAUUCUCAUGAAAACUAUCUACCUUCUCUCCCUUUGUAGUUAAUACAGAGGUCAAAGCCCAUACCAUUCCUCAGAGAUAAUACAGUUCCUCAUGUUAAUGUACCAAAGUAACCAGAGCACUCACUAUUUCACAAGAAAGUGCAAGCUCUUCUGAACAACAGUUUCAGUCAGUCAUUAAAACAUCAAAUAUGGUUAUAUCUGAAACAGACUUACCUGUUUCUCAGUGUUUCACUUAAAUUUUCCACCCUAUGAGAAGUUAUAGAGACUCUACUGUCUGGUGUCAGUGAUACAGUAGGUAUGGAAAGCAAUUUGUUUCCAUAGCAUAACAUUUAUUCUAAUUUUAUGUCAUUUUACAUCUGUCUCUUCUGAUUGGAAUGAAAAUUUAACUGUUUUGUUGCAAAAUUAUUGUUAUUGUUCUUACUCAGUGAUAUUUGAUUAUCAGAUUUGUCCACUGAUAUGUAGUUUUUGUGAAUGUCCAUAAAAACAAAAAAGAAAUAGAACAACAUUAGUGUAGCUUUUACAUGGAAUGAAAAUCCAAACAGGAAAUGCUGGUCGGAGAAAAUGACUACUAGAUCAGCUUUCCAGAUAAAUAAUGCUUGUAUAAAACUGCAUGUUUUCCUUAUUUUAAUAAGGAUUAUACAUAGUCAAGGUAAUAGAUCAAUCUAUAUUCUGUAAUUAAUAGAAGUAAAUGAUCAGUUGCUGGCUUAUGUUGAAUAUGUUACAGCAUUUUUAUCAUCACUAGUCACUUCUGUGAACUUUAACUAUCUAAUUAUCAGUGUAUGUGAAUUAUUUUGAACCUCUUUGGAAAUACAUAUAUUCAAGUAAGAGGUCUGCAGGUAUUUGAAAAGUAAG